AUGCGGCGUGCGGAUUCUUCCGCCGUGCCUGUAUCCGCAUCGGCAACACCCGACAGGAGCGACACGAACACAGAUUCCAUCAACACAGAAGCACAGAAGAGAGGACUUGAGCUGCGACAGCCAAGAUCAUCGCGAUCGGACGCUUCCUCGCAGAACGAGGUAUCAAAACACGCGGACCGUGUCGAGGUAUUUGAUGCUUCGGCUGCUCCGCUUCCCAACAACACAAAUGCUGCAGACACAGACGAAGAAGCGCUCAAAGCUCUCUUGGCGGGCCAAGGCGUCGGAACCUCCGGAUCGGGCGAGCCUCUGAUCAUUCAGCAGGAGUCUGAAUCCGACCUUCUGCAACACGACAUUGACUCGCGACCGGAAGCGCCGACGCUCGAUGACUAUGCAGCUACACCCAUCGAUCAAUUCGGCAUGGCUCUCCUGCGAGGUAUGGGGUGGAAAGAGGGUAUGGGCGCUGGAAAAGGUGGCAAGGGUCCUCAGCAGGCUGCGGAACCGAAGAAGCGUGCAGCUUUGCUUGGUCUCGGUGCAAAGGAAAGACCUGGUGCUGCCUCGAGCUUGCCCGCAUCUUCCUCGUCGUCACGCAGCUAUCGUCCCAAGGACAGACGAGACUACAAGUACAUUCCUGUGUCCAAGGCUGAAAGUCCUAAGCCUUCCAAUGGUCGAUCCGCAGACGUCGACCGUCGGCGACACGAGGAUCGACAUUCUGAAUCGCGCUCCCGUGCUGUGACCUCUUCGCGCGACUCUCGCAGAGAGAAAGACGAUCGGCACUCUGAUCACUCACGCUCUUCACAUCGACACCGCUCCAAAAGCCCUCCGAGCAGCCGCGACCACCAUCGAGAUCGCCAUCGUGACCGUCCUCGGGACGACAGGCACACAGAGAGGCGCUCGCACACAUCGUCCAGAUCCGAUCGCGAUCGCAGGUCCAACCGUGACCGAGAUGAAAAGCGAAACCGGGACUAUCCGCGCUGA